AUGCAUGAAUUAAAACUAAUAAUUAAAGGAUUGCUAUCAAGCCCCCAAUAUACUAAGUAAGGAUAAUUAUGCUUGUCAUACUCACAAUAUACCCGAUAUAUAUAUGUUUGUUUGACUAAUUUCUUAGAUAUUUCUGCUUUAAUGAAUGGAAUCGAAAUGUUAUCAUAUCUACCAAAUCCUGGGUAAUCAUAACCCUAGCUGAAUUUGUCGAGCAAUCGACAGGAGGAGAAUUCAGGUCGGAAGAUUAAAAAUAAUGCAGCCAAUCCUAUAACAAUAACAGUGGAGGAUGAUGAACCACAAUAGACUACUAAGAAAUGUUACAACGUUUAGUGUAUGAAUGUUGGAGACAAGAAAAUUAAAUCCAAGAGACAUGAUAUAUUAUUCUUUUGUGACAAAUGUUCUAAAUUAUUUAAUAAAGGAAAAUAUUGUGAUUUUUGCGAAUAAGUUUACGGCUCUUACGAUGACGAAGCUGGUUGGGUUUAAUGUGAUCAAUGUCAAAAAUGGAAUCACAUUGCUUGCGAAUAAAAAUAUAGAAAUUAAAAUAUUGAAAAUGAACCAGAAACUACUCCAUAUCACUGUUUAAGUUGUUCCAAAAACAUUAAGAAAACUAAACCAUUGAAAAAAUCAGAUGAAUUUCCACCUCCCAAAUAGGUACCCAUUCCUGAACAAGAGGAUUGUAAAAAUAAAGAGAAAAACAUUACCUUUGUUGCUACUAAGGACAAUAAAAUACAAUACAUCUUAGCGUAUCGAUUGAACUUGUUUGAUGAUGAAAUCAAACUGGAUUUGGAUCUCCUUCGAAAUUCGAUUAAAAGAACUAAAAAAGUGCAAUUGGCAUCUCCACCUCAUGUAUUACAAUAACAUGUAAUGUCGUCUUAAUAAUAAAGUUAGUAAUUGUAACAGCAAUAAGAAACUUAGGAAUAAUAAUAGUUGAGUAGCAGAAGUUUGAGAAGAAGAAUAAAUUAGAGGAUGAAUUACAGAGAUUUAGUUGGAGAAUAUUGA